AUGGAAGGAGAAAGUGGAACUACUCAGCCUGGCGAGAGUGGAUUCAAUGGUAUCUCGCGGCGCGAUCAGUUGAGAUCCCCGACUCCAGGCACAUCAUCCCCCAGUCGAGGAGGCAAGGCGCCAUCGGAGCAGCAUAUGCUCGACUCAUUCCAACAGGCGUCUACUCGACAGUCGACUCCAAACUCACACCUGAGGACGCCCGCUUCUGAAAUUGUUCCGAUCGGAGGACGCGUGUUUCAUCCAGACGCUUCACUCGUCUUAGUUGGAAUCCGUGCUUCCGGAAAGAGGUCUUUGGGAUUCAUUGCUGCUACGGCCCUCGGGAGGAGAUUCAUAACUGAGGAUCAUUACUUCCAAACUGUCAAUGGCCUUUCGAGACAAGACUACCUCAAGAUCCAUGGAAGUGAGCAAUUCCACAAGCAAGACAUUGAGACUUCCAAACAAAUGCUCGAAGACAACAAGUACAGAUGUGUUAUUGACUGCGGUUUGGGCAGCCUGACACGGAGUCUUCAGGACUAUUUGAGACAGUAUAGCCAGACCAACCCUGUCGUGUUCAUCCUCAGGGACAUGGACCAGAUUACGAAGCUUCUCAAUCUUGACGACCGAUCAGCCAAAUUGCUCGAGAGCGGCAAUUCUACCCACAGGAAGUGUUCUAAUUUUGAAUUUUACAAUCUAGAAGACGAAUCUAUGAAUGUACCUCUAGACGCUGAGACGACCGAUCGGGGAUCCCCAAACUAUUCCUUUAAACUCAGGUAUGCACAGGCCGAUUUCUCUUCAUUUGUCAGAUUUAUCACCGGAACACCUGCAACUCAAUCAUUCUCCGAAUCCCCUUUCUCUUUGGACGGCCCUGUCGAAUUGCGUACCUUUACUCAUACGCUUCUUUUGAAGCUGUCUGAUUUUGUCGAUGGACUUAUCGACUUUGCCGCGCUGGAGUCGGCUAGUGACGUAUUGGAAAUAUUCGUUGAUCAAUGGCAUUCUCUGGCAGCGAGAAGCCUGAGCAAGAUGGUGUCGGUGGCCCGAAGGUCACUUGGAGUCCCAAUUUUGCUUUCGGCCAGUCGCCAGCUCUCUGAAUCCUCGAUUGUUGAAGCUUACCUGAACGUUUUGACGCAAGGACUACGACUGGGAAUUCAGUACUUGUCUGUGGAUCUGGAUAUCGGAGACAAUCAUUUUUCUCGCCUCAGAGCCAUCAAAGGCCAUACCAAGCUCAUCGGUAACUAUGUCAACUACACUCCAAACACCAACGGCUGGAAGGAUCCCAAAUGGAAAGAUAUGUACAACAAAGCCGUGAAUGUUAGGUGCGAUAUGGUUCGACUCCGAAACGUUCCAACAUCUCGCCAGGAAAACGAAUCCCUGAGUUGGUUCGUACAGGAGUUGAAGGAUCUACCGGGGCCUCGACUUGUUUCCAUAACGUACAAUGUCGGGCCCCUCGGCCGAAGUUCACAGAUCAUGAAUACGGUACUGACAUCCGUAACACACCCAAUCAUGUCAGCGACCAUGAAAUCUCCACAGGAUAUCUUACAACCACAACUGUCUUCCAGAGACAUCGUGAAGGCUCUGUUCGACAGUUUCGUUUUCGAUCCCCUUCACUUCUAUAUUGUUGGAGCAAACGUCUCCGGCUCCUUAUCGCCGGCGAUGCACAAUGCCGCAUACGCAUUCCUUGGCCUCCAACAUCGUUAUAGUACCAGAAACAUCAAUUCAUGGACGGACAUCGAAGAACUUGCAAAAGAAGACACCCUAGGUGGACUAAGUAUCGUACAGCCAUAUAAAGUGAAGAUUGUUCCUCGUGUAGAAUCUCUGAGCGGUCAUGCAAAGGCAAUAGGGGCCGUCAACACGCUUGUACCUCUACGGGCUAAUGCGGCUGGAGCUGUUCCUCCAUUGCAAAUACAAGCGCAGGAGAGAAACCGUGCAGGGCGUAUUGUGGGAUGGUUUGGAGAAAACACUGAUUUCAUCGGGAUCAUGACUUGCCUCAACAGGAGCCUCUCCCCUCGCAACGUCAUUCAACCUAGGACCACAGGCCUGGUUAUUGGAGCGGGAGGCAUGGCCAGGGCCGCAGUCUAUGCUAUGCUGCAGAUGGGUUGCAAGAAUAUUUUUGUACACAACAGGACGAUCGCAAACACGAUCGCUAUGGUUCGGCAUUUUAACGACUGGGCUAAGCCCCAGGCCAAUGGACAUGCCACAUACUCUUCAGCAGAGCCAGUCAAAGUGAUUGAGUUUACAACCGAUCCGUGGCCCGAAAGUUUUGCUCUUCCGACGAUGGUGGUAUCCUGCGUCACCCAUGAAUUUCUUGACGGUAACCCAGGUGCCAAUUUUGAGAUGCCAGAUUCAUGGAUGCAGUCCCCAAGCGGUGGGGUUGUUGUUGAAAUGGCGUAUAUGACCAAAGAAACACCUCUGGUCACACAGAUGAAGCGUUUUCGGGAAACUACCGGUCGACCUUGGGUUAUAGUUGAAGGAAUUGAGACGCUGAUCGAGCAAGCGGUCGCCCAAUUCGAGUCAAUGACCGGCAGGAAAGCACCGAAACGCUGUAUGGCGGACGCCGUCCAUAACGCUCUUGAGAAAAAUACAUCCUAUCUGGUUGAUGGUGAGGAAUUCUACACAUGA